GAUAUUUAUUAUUGAACCAUACAUAGUAAUAAAUAAAGAAAUUACAAGGCGUAGAAUGAUACAUAUACGCUCCUGCGAUUCGCAUGGCAUAAAGUCGUUUCUAAGGGAACACACAAGCACACUACCAUCUACCACAUAUACAUUGCACGGUACUAGUUACUACAAUGAAGGUUGUAGCAACAGAUUAUUUCUUCAUUCAUUUAUAUGAAAUGACGAGGUUUAGUGUGAAACAUUGGACUGCACAAUAGUGAAAAGUUUCCCUUUUAAUUGUUGUCGAAGCCGAUGGAGGAAGAUGGUAGUAAAAGAAUGAGAGGCAGAACCCGUGGUAGAGCACGUGGCAGAACACGAGGUCGUGCUAGAGGUAGAUCUAAGAAACAAGUAAAGAUUAUUGAAAGUGACGAAGAAGAUACUCCACAACAAGCCGAAGAAGCUCCAGCAGAAACAGUUGGAGCAGAAUUGGAAGAACAUGAAGCUCCACCAACUCAACAGGCUCCUUUGGAGCAGCAGUUUGACUUGGAGGCUGAUAUAUCACAGUUGGAAGCUCCAACAUUUACAACUAUUAACAGAGGACCUCCUGAACCGAUGCUCCGUUUAAGAUGGGAUCACAGAGUUAAUCUUAUUGGAGAGAAAGUGUUAAAUCCCAUGAUACAUUGUUGUGACAAGUGUUUGAAACCAAUCCUCAUUUAUGGACGUAUGAUACCUUGCAAACAUGUAUUUUGCUUAUCUUGUGCCAAGAGAGAAGAUAAGGUUUGUCCUCGUUGUAUGGAGAAAGUCUCAAGAGUAGAACAAACUGGUUUAGGUACUGUGUUCAUGUGUACGCAUGGAGGAACUAGGUAUGGAAAUGCUGGUUGCAGAAGAACAUAUCUUAGUCAAAGAGAUUUACAGGCUCAUAUAAAUCACCGGCAUAUAUCAGCUCCGCCGCAACAAGUUCAAGGAAUGCAAGUUGAUCCUCCACAAUACGUACAUACUAAGUCAGAAAUAGAGUUAACAAAAGUUUCAUCAGUUGCUAUGCAAAAUACUCGCAUAAAAUCGGUGCAAUCACACAUGGUACAGCCAAUAAUGGGAAAUGAUCCUAGAGUGAAUUCAAUGGUUAAUCAAUCACCAGUGGAACACCGACAACAGCAUAGGCCACAGUCACUAAUAUCAAUGCAGAAUUACACCCAAGGUUCUGCACCCCCACCACCAAAUAACGCUCCGUUAAGAACAAAUCUGAUAACUGUACCCAUACAAGAUACAGCCAUAACAACGCACGAUAUGCAUACACAACAAAGUCAUCAUUAUUAUCCUCCUCCACCUCCACAAGUUAAUUACGGAGGAUAUAAUGUGCCACCACCGGUUUCACAGACGCAACAAUACUAUUCGCAGCCGCAACAUCCCGCUCAAGUAUCUUAUGUGCCACCACCGCCACCACAACAACAACAGUAUGUAUCUUCAACACCGACUUCCAUAAGGCCAUCCCCAUCAGGAUAUAUACAAGACCCAUCAUAUGGCCCACCACCUCAACAACAGGCCCCACCCCCACAGACUCAAUGGUCGCAACACCAACAACAGUUUUAUAGGUAAAGGAAGUACCGUUAUCAUAACAGACUUGUAUGCAUUGUGAUAAAACUGUUGUGGAUGAUAUGCAGCAAUUAGAAAUGGUUAUGUAUACUGUUUCUAUAAACGUGCUGCUCACUAUUAGGAAAAAUUAAUUAUAAAAUAUUUUAUACUUUUCAAUGACUAUAUAUGCAACAUUAAAUAGCUAAACUUAUACAAUACUAUAGCAAUAAAAUCGUUUUAAUUCUAUGGAUAAAUUUAUUUAUUUUCCACUCUUAUGAGUAUAGUCUCUAAGGCUAUGGUGUAGUGGAGGUGGAUAUUUCCGAU